UAAGCACUACAAUUCCCAGCCCUUUUACCAGUGGUUUGCCUGAUCACAUGGGGUGCGUGUAUGAGUUUAAAAGAGCUUAAAUCCCUCUAGCCAGUGCAGAGAAAAGCUUGUAGCUCAAUCCAAGCUAUACCACUAAGAAGAAAUACUAGACAGUGGAUCUAAGACAUACAGAAGACAGAGAGGGAGAGAAAGCAGACAGGCAGAGGCAGCAAAAGGAUUUCUGUCAAGGAUUUUCAGUAUUGUUUGGAACUAAAAAGGCUGAGGAACUGAAAAAAGCAAAUAUUCCAGAGUGAGAUAAAAUAUAUUUUAGGAGUGCUCCACUUCAUAGGCCGUAAAGCUUGUAUUGGAACAUUAAAAUCAAGGCACAAGAAUUUGCUUACCAAAGUGGUUUCAGUGGCCCUUAUGUUUAAGUGAGAUGGCAAAUACUGUCACGUCAGCCUGCUGUGCAGUGCUUGCUGCAGUCGUGGUGGUGUACGCUCAAAAGCACGGCCUGCAGAGUCCCCGAGUUCAGUACGAGAAGAUUGGGAGUCAUGUGACCCUUCAUUGCGGAAUAUUACCCAAUACAUCUGCAGUUACUUGGAAAGUAAAUGGAUCAGAUGUUGAAGAUGCAAUAAGGGAAGGGCCUAUACUUUCUCUAAAAGUUGUUGACUUAUCACACAGUGGACUCUACAGUUGCUUUGAUGAUAGCACAGAUGAACUCAAAGACCAAAUAUCACUACGAACUGGCAAUCCUCCAAGGGAGCCAGUUGUGUUGUGCAGAUCAAACACAUAUCCACGAGGAUUCUACUGUAGCUGGCACUUGAAUCACCCUACAUACAUCCCCAAUGAGUUUGAGAUAAAUGCCAUGCAUGAUAAUCGUAAAGUUGAAUGUGAGAGAGAUCCCAACCACAAGAACCGCUGCCAUAUUAAGUUUGAUCACCUUUUCUCUACCUUGAAAUACAAAGUGAUGGUAACAGCAAAAAAUGCACUGGGGACAAGUUCAACCACCCUCAUGUUUGAUGAAUUUGCUAUAGUUAAACCAGAUCCACCAGAGAGAGUUGAAGCAAAAAAAGUUCCAAACAACCCACGAAAAUUAGAAGUUAGAUGGCACAACCCAUCUACAUGGCCUGAUCCAGAUUCCUUUCCUCUAAAAUUCUUUCUUAGGUAUCGACCACUCAUUCUUGACCAGUGGCAGCAUGUGGAACUCUCUGAUGGCACCUCACAUACAAUCACUGAUGCGUAUGCAGGUAAAGAGUACAUCAUCCAGGUUGCAGCCAAGGAUAAUGAGAUUGGAACUUGGAGCGACUGGAGUGUGGCUGUGCAUGCAACCCCUUGGAUGGAGGAGCCUAAAUCUCUUACAACAGAGGUCAAAACUACAGUUACAUUCACAACACCUGCACCAUCAUCGACUUCUGAAAUGUGUGUUGGGAGUAAUAGUGCUUGGAAGGUUUCACUGUCAAUAAUGUUCUUGCUUGUAACAAUCAUCUGCUUAAUUAUCUGAUUCUUCUUCUUCAUAGCCUUGUGGAAGAAACAAUGAAAAUAAUUCUUAAGCAUAUGUUUUUUUCUAUUUUGCACAUGGUUCAGAGGAAAUUGUGCAUUUGUCACCAUUGAUUCAUUUUAUAAAAAUAAAAUAAUGAAAUGGAUAAACUUUGUAAAAAAAAAAAUGAGAUUUCACACCCUGUGAUUUAAAUGAAAUGGACACAGACAUAUUAAAAGAUGGGAGAAAAGUAACACCAUAUGGAGCCAUCCAGGUAGUGACAUCAAAUAUAUGCAGCGCUAGGACAAGAAGUUAACCUCAACUGUGCUACAAAAAAAUCACUGAAGACAGAAAAUGUUAAGACUUUGAAGUCAAAGCUGAAAGAAAUGUGAUCGUAAUAAACAAAUGAUAACAAGAACAUACAGCUAAACCAUCAUGCCAAAGACACAUAGGAACUUAUUUGUCCACGAUGCUGUUCUUCCCACAAGCUGCAGAUGUGCUGGAUGGAUAUUUCUCAUGAGGGCCCACACCAUCACUUUGUCAAUGCAGAUGAAUAAAACCAGUGUUGCCAAAAAAAGUUCAAAGAACGGCAACAAGGAAGUGACAUUUUGCUAGGAGUGUAGACUUUGACCUUGUCUUUGCUCAUGACGAAUGUUUUGAAAAAGUGUUUUGUACUUGGUUUACUGAUAAUAUUGCUAAAGAUGAACAAACCGAAAAUGUUGCAUUGUAACUCAAUGAUCUAUGCGCCUAUUAUGGACUGUGUUAUUUUAUAAUAAGAAAUCCAUUCCUGUUAAAAUAUCCAUGUGUGAUAUUGACUAAUCACUCAUACUUCUAUUCAAUCAAGUUAGGAUAAACAGUCUUAGGAAGAACUUAACCUCUUAGGUUCUUUGUUUCUUCAAAAGUGUCUUACAUUUUGCUUACAGGUACAUUUAUACGAGGGACUCAUUUUGAUUUAAUGUAUUUGUCUUAUUACAAAAUAAGUAUGCCAUCAUAUAGAAAUGUAGUAGUUACACCAAACUGUAUCCCUAUGUUUUUCCCUCCUCAAUCACAUUUUGUAAACGGCUAUUCUUUACUUCAGCCUUUGAUUUCCAUUAUUUAAUAAUGUACGUACUUAGUACUAUGUUGUUAACAUGCUGUAAUUGAAUUUUUAUAGAUGUAUAUAAAACAGACAUUGUUCAUUAAAUAUGAUCAUUUCAUGAUGAUAAA